AUGUUCGAAGAAAAGCUACUUGUUGGGAUUUCUUCUAUUUGCUCAUCACUUGCAAUCAUUGCUUGUGUAAUUGUUCUUCCAAGCCUCUACAACGAAAUCAACUUGGUACACGAUGAGGUUCUUGAUGGAGUUUCCGUCUUCCGCGUUGAAACUGACUCUGCCUGGACAGAUAUGAUGGACAUCCAAAUCACCGUUACCCCACCAUCCAAGCCAAAGCAAAAUCCAUUCAACUCUAUCUUCCGUCAGAAGAGACAAGAUUACCGUGGACUUCCAGCUUGGUGUCAAUGCGAGCCAACCAAGCCAACUUGCCCACCAGGACCUCCAGGACCACCAGGAGAGCCAGGACAGCCAGGAAACCCAGGACCCCCAGGACCACCAGGAGAUGAUAACACUUCUACCGAGCCUGGCUCGCCAUGUCCCUUCGGCGACUACGGAUGUGCUGUUUGCCCAGCAGGACCUCCAGGACGUAAAGGACCCGAUGGUCCAGCUGGACCAGCUGGGCCAAAUGGUCAACCAGGAUAUCCAGGACAACCAGGACGAGAUGGAGCUCCAGGUCAACCUGGACCCAGUGGUGAUGCUGGCAACCCAGGACAUCCUGGGCAACCUGGACAGCCAGGAAGACCAGGCGAAGAUGGCGUUCGUGGAGUAGGACAACCAGGACCAGCUGGACCUCCCGGACCUAGUGGACCAGCCGGAAAUAUGGGCAGACCUGGUGAACCAGGAUUCGAAGGUGCACCAGGACCAGAUGGACCAGCCGGACAGGAUGGUCAACCCGGUCAAGAUGGACAAGAUGGACAACCAGGAGGCUCAGGAGGACCUGGAAGACCAGGAGAUGAUGCUGCUUACUGUAAAUGCCCAGCUCGAACUGUAGCCAUGCCAUCCAGAGCACUUCAUCGUUCAGGUUCUUCCCAAUUGACCGGAUAUGCAUAA